CACAUCAUUUGGGUGCUUCCUUUUCCAGAGGACCCUUUUCUGGCUGUCUCUAAAACAGAUGAAAUGAAAUGAAAUGAAGCCACAAAAGAAGAGUUAAGAGAUAAGUACACCUUGGCUUUGCUUUUCUUUCUAGUUAUGAUGUCAGGAAGGAGGAGGAGGAGGAGGGGGGUCUUCUUGCUUGUAAGCCAAAGAUUUCUUCUACUAAUUGUAUUGUGCGUAACAAGUAGGUGCUGCAAAGCCCAGCAAAAGAAUGAUCAGAACUGCACUUCGUCUUGCGGGAAUAUCCAUGACAUACACUACCCUUUCCGGCUGGAAGACGAUCCCCAGCACUGUGGUCUUCCCGACUACCAACUUGCCUGCAACAACAAUCGCACUAUACUAUACCUUAAAACUGAUCCUUAUGCAGGGUACGACUACAAAUUCAACUACUCCUACUACGUGGAGGCAAUCACUUAUGACAACUUCUCGAUUCGACUUGUUGAUCCCGGUCUAGACAAGGAUAAUUGCUCUUCUCUUUCAAUUCAAUCUGUCUCACCAUAUACCGAUUAUUUCGGAUUCUCCACAGCAGGGCCAUAUUUGGUGUUAUGUUCACAAGCUGUCAGAAUCCCGUAAAUAGGAGUGGAUAUGUGGACGCUAGCUUUUGUGAUAAAAGAAACACUACUUCCACCUCCAACACUACUUCACCAUCUCCGUUGCAAAAUCAUAAUUAUGUGGUACGAGAAGACAUGGAUAUCUCGCAAUUGGAGGACUCCUGCAGCAUCGGCAAUAUGGUUAUGACAUCAGCAAAUAUCUUAGGCCCGCGACGGAAGGCAACAUUUCUUUUUCAGACUUAUAUGACGGGCUUGCAUAUGGGUUGAGC